AGACAUGGCCGGCGAGAGAGACCCGCAGGACGCUGCGCACAACAUGGGCAACCACCUGCCGCUCCUCCCUGCAGAGAGUGAGGAAGAAGAUGAAAUUGAAAUGGAAGUCGAAGACCAGGAUAGCAAAGAAGCCAAAAAACCAAAUGUCAUAAAUUUUGACACCAGUCUGCCAACAUCACAUACAUAUCUGGGCGCUGAUAUGGAAGAAUUUCAUGGCAGGACUUUGCAUGACGAUGACAGCUGUCAGGUUAUUCCAGUCCUGCCACAGGUGAUGAUGAUCCUGAUUCCUGGGCAGACCUUACCUCUUCAGCUCUUUCGUCCUCAGGAAGUCAGUAUGGUGCGGAAUUUAAUUCAGAAAGACAGAACCUUUGCAGUUCUUGCAUACAGUAAUAUACAGGAGAGGGAAGCACAGUUUGGAACAACUGCAGAGAUAUAUGCCUAUCGAGAAGAACAAGAUUUCGGAAUUGAAAUAGUGAAAGUGAAAGCAAUUGGAAGACAAAGGUUCAAAGUACUUGAACUAAGAACACAGUCAGAUGGAAUCCAGCAAGCUAAAGUGCAAAUUCUUCCUGAAUGUGUGUUGCCUUCAACCAUGUCUGCAGUUCAGUUAGAAUCCCUCAAUAAAUGCCAGAUAUUUCCUUCAAAACCUGUCUCAUGGGAAGACCAGUAUUCAUGUAAAUGGUGGCAGAAAUACCAGAAGAGAAAGUUUCAUUGUGCAAAUUUGACUUCAUGGCCUCGCUGGCUGUAUUCCUUAUAUGAUGCUGAAACUUUAAUGGAUAGAAUCAAGAAACAGCUACGUGAAUGGGACGAAAAUCUAAAAGAUGAGUCUCUUCCUUCAAAUCCAAUAGAUUUUUCUUACAGAGUAGCUGCUUGUCUUCCUAUUGAUGAUGUAUUAAGGAUUCAGCUCCUUAAAAUUGGUAGUGCCAUCCAACGACUUCGCUGUGAACUAGAUAUUAUGAAUAAAUGUACGUCUCUUUGCUGUAAACAAUGUCAAGAAACAGAAAUAACAACCAAAAAUGAAAUAUUCAGUUUAUCCUUAUGUGGACCGAUGGCAGCUUAUGUGAAUCCUCAUGGAUACGUGCAUGAGACACUUACCGUGUAUAAAGCCUGCAACUUGAAUCUGAUAGGCCGGCCUUCUACAGAGCACAGCUGGUUUCCUGGGUAUGCUUGGACUAUCGCCCAGUGUAAGAUCUGUGCAAGCCAUAUUGGAUGGAAAUUUACAGCCACCAAAAAAGACAUGUCACCUCAAAAAUUUUGGGGUUUGACUCGAUCUGCUCUGUUGCCCACAAUCCCAGACACUGAAGAUGAGUUAAGCCCUGACAAAGUAAUACUUUGCUUAUAAACAAAUAUGAUAGAGAUAAAGUUAUUUAUCAAGUUGGUCUUGUAAAAUCAGAUCUGCUUCGGAAAUUAUUGCUUUUGAUGCAUACCUAAGUAAAAAGCAACAUUACAUGGCAGGUUACAGUUUCUUAGUCAAAUGGAAUUUGAAGAUUUAAACUAAAAUAUACUAUUGAAAAGGAUGAAAAGCAGUCUAGAAAAUUGGGGUUUUAGGAAUAUCUACCCUUAGCACCUUGGUACCAUUAUACUCUGGCUUGCUAGAAUGACACUGGUAGGGCAGGAAGACCUCUCUGAGAUGGAGGAGAUAGAUAGUUUCCUGCACAAAACCUAUUUGUAAUUCCUCUAAUGCAAGAUUAAUCAUUUGCUCCUGAUACAUGGAACCAACCUCUAAAGGGCACAAGUUCCCAAAGCUAGGAUGCCAAGUACAUGUUCCUCUUGAAAGAGGCAAAGAGUUUCUCUCAUACUGAUUUGUAAAUUUUCAAAAUAUUAAAGAGUUAAAAUACACA